CCGCUGCUAUUUUCUCCCCUCAGUCUCUCUCACUCUCAGCCUACAGCUCCAGCGGACUGACACGGGGCUUUGGAUAGAAAGAAACGAACAAUAAGAUACAAAAACAGAGGCCAAAAAUGGCAGAGCUUGGAGCGGGAAGCCUGCCGUUAGGGGAUCCUGCUUUUAAUUACCAGGAGCACGAGCUGAACGAGCGACUGAAACGGCUCUACCCGGCUGUGAACGAGGAAGAGACCCCUUUACCCCGAUCCUGGAGCCCCAAGGAUAAAUACAGCUACAUUGGGCUGUCACAAAACAACCUACGGGUCCAUUAUAAAGGCCAUGGUAAGAACCACAAGGAUGCUGCAUCAGUGCGAGCCACACACCCAAUCCCCGCCGCCUGUGGGAUCUACUACUUUGAAGUCAAGAUUGUCAGCAAAGGUCGAGAUGGGUACAUGGGCAUCGGUCUGUCUGCACAGGGAGUCAACAUGAACAGGCUGCCUGGAUGGGACAAGCACUCCUACGGUUACCAUGGAGACGACGGCCACUCCUUCUGCUCCUCUGGGACUGGCCAACCGUAUGGCCCAACAUUCACCACGGGGGAUGUGAUUGGCUGCUGCGUUAACCUCAUCAACAACACUUGCUUUUACACCAAAAAUGGCAUCAGUUUAGGUGUUGCCUUCACAGACCUCCCUCCUAACCUGUACCCCACUGUGGGGCUUCAGACCCCGGGUGAGAUAGUAGACGCUAACUUUGGCCAGCAGCCGUUUGUGUUUGACAUCGAGGACUACAUGAGCGAAUGGCGGGCCAAGAUCCACGGCAUGAUCGCCCGCUUCCCCAUAGGAGAAAGACUGGGGGAAUGGCAAUCUGUCCUGCAGAAUAUGGUGUCCAGCUACCUGGUGCACCAUGGGUACUGUGCCACCGCAACAGCCUUCGCCAGAGCCACAGAGACCAUGAUACAAGAGGACCAGACGUCUAUAAAGAACAGACAGAGAAUACAGAAGCUGGUGCUGGCAGGACGGGUGGGUGAAGCCAUAGAAGCUACUCAGCAGCUUUAUCCCGGCCUGUUAGAACACAACCCCAACCUAUUAUUCAUGUUGAAGUGUCGUCAGUUUGUGGAGAUGGUGAACGGUACAGACAGUGAGGUUCGCUGCUUGACAGUUCGCUCCCCUAAGUCCCAGGACAGUUACCCCGGCUCACCCAGCCUUAGCCCCCGCCACGGAGCCAGCAACACACACCUGCACACUGGAGGAGCCGACAGCCCUACCUGCAGUAACGGGGUGACUCCCCCCAACAAGUCAAAGAGCCACGGCGGCACUGGCAGCAGCAGUGUCAAAUAUCCCAGCGCGUCCUCCUCCGCCUCCUCCUCCACCUCCUCCUCCCCUUCCUCAGUCAACUACUCUGAGUCCAACUCUUCCGAUUCCACCAAGAGCCAGCCACACAGCGCCAACAGCACCCAGGAAACCAGUGACAGUGAGAUGGAGAUAGAAGCAGAGCACUACACCAACGGGGUUGUUGAGGGCUCCUCAGCGCGGAUCAUGAAUGGCACAUACAAACACGAGGAGAUCCUUCAGCCGGACGACAACAGCAUUGGCAAUGGGGUCACAGCAGACGAGGGUUGUAGUAAUAGCAAACAGCUUUGUGGAGGGAACCAGGCAGCCACAGAGAGGAUGAUCCAGUUUGGACGGGAGCUGCAGGCGCUCAACGAACAGCUGUGCCGCGAGUAUGGCAAGAACGCCACGCACAAGAAGAUGUUACAGGAUGCAUUCAGUCUGUUAGCGUACUCCGACCCGUGGAACUGCCCCGUUGGCCAGCAGUUAGAUCCCACGCAGAGAGAAUCACUCUGCUCUGCACUCAACAGCGCCAUACUGGAGUCACAAAAUCUGCCUAAGCAGCCUCCGCUGAUGUUAGCAUUGGGUCAAGCCACGGAGUGUGUUCAGCUCAUGGCCCGAGUCCGGUCUGGUUCCUGUUCCUUCGCCAGAGUAGAUAACUUUUUGCACUAGCCCCGGUCCAGGUUAAUGUUAAGUAGCACUGAGAGAAGGCAUGUCCAGCAGGUAGUUGUCAUGGCGACGGGGGAAAAGAGCAUGCGUGUGAUUGGUGUGUUUGGCUGUCCGUCAGACCAAGUCAGCGGCACAGACAGAGGAGCGGAGAAGAGCAAGAAAGAAGAAAGCUUCCUUUUAAUUUAGUAUUAUCAAAUAAAGAAAUGUGUGACACUAUUUAAAGAUAAUUAAUUAUUAUUCUGUUUAUCUAGCCUUUUUUUUUUUAGUUCUUUUUUUGUCAGUUUGUUGUGCUCAUCCUGGACAAAACAAAUUGUUAUUCCCCUUUUAUUUUUUUUCUUCUGUUUUAAUGGGUGGAUUUUGAUUCCCUACAAUCAGUAUUUUACACACGUCGUUGUCGUUGUUCACCAUAUCAAAGACCACAAUACCCACAGCCGGUUACCGCGGUGACCCCCACGACUGUAGGUCAGCUUAACCAAACCUGUGGUAUAUUACAACAUCUUUAAGACGAUAUAGAAGACAGACUCUGUAGGACAAACUCUGAGCCCUUUAUUCCACCUUAAAUAUCCAACAUGGAAGUGCAUUCAUGUCUUGAAAUAGGGUGAGCAAACAAGUCCUCACCAUCAAAACACCUCUGAUUGUGUGGAACAGAUCAUUAGGUCUGGUCAAGGCUGAUGCAGUACAGUAGUAAACACUAACACUGACAGAAAAUGGACCGAUGCAAGACAAAAGUGAGUCCCCAAUUAUUCCAGAAAGUUGGAAAUAAAAAUCUGGUGGCUGUGUGAACCUUAUGUAAUGUUAUUGAGAGUAAAAUACUGUGAGCUAACAGGUUAGCAGCCAAAGAACAGGACACAUCCUGAAAAACAUCACCUGUGUAUAAAAUAUAAUUGAAGGGGCUUUGUAGUGGCAGACAUUGCCAGUAACCAGUGGAAAAGGGUGAUGACAAGGGUUAAAAUUGGAAUAUUAGAGGUGUUGAGGCCUUAAUUAUGCUGUAAACACCACAGCAUUGACCAAUCAGUGAUGUGGUUGCAGGUGGCAGAGCUUAGCCGUAGCUGCACCUACAACACCUGCUCUCAGGGCCGAACCUAACUCUAUUAUCAUGGUCACCUUGAUGCCAGCAUAGAGAAAAUCAGUAUCAAAGGCAGACUAACAAGCACAGUGUGUGUAUGGCUAAAAGUCAAGCCACCCCAGGGGUCUUUUUUUCUUUUUUUAAUCGUCCACAGUCUGACCUGCUCUGUGCAUAUGCUGUCGCAAUUAGAAUUUCAAAUAAAGGUGAAGUAAUUUGCCAAACGGGGAGGUUUUUAAUUUUAGGCUGCACUUUGUGAUAAUUAAAUCACAGUCUUUCUUUCAUUUUGAUUUCAAACCACUUAAAGGUUGUGAAAACCAGUUCUGUUUGUUGGGAAAAGGCUUUUUUUUUCCCACACAGACCGUUGCAUUUCUCUAACCAUUAUAAACUUGACUUGACAAUGUUCCACUUGCUAUUGGAUAAAAGGACAUAGUCAGGUCAAAUUUAUUUAUGGUAUGCAGCCCAAAAUCACAAGAUUGUGUCAGAAUGUUUUUCACCCUGUACAAUAACAUGAUAUUAACAAGAUGGAAAAGAAGGAUGUUUUUAUUGUUCAGGUUUGCUGCUGGCCACUAUGAGAUUUACAAAGAAGUCAUUGCUGUUGAACAGAAGUUUUUCUUUUAGACUCACAUCAGUAGUAACAAAACUACCAAAUAUGUACAGCUCCCAGCAACAUAAAUUACAGCUACAGCCAGAUGCCAGUGUUCAAAAUUAAAUAAAUGAAACAUCAAAUAAAUCUAUAGGAAAAAUUCGACUUAAAUAUAUAACUGAACCAAGAAAUUGUGAAAAUAUGUAAUUAAUUAAUUAAUUAAUAGAACUGAUUAUAUUAAUGUCAUUCAGCCCUUCACAUUUUAACCUCUAGCUCCUCUUAGCAGGCUCGAAAAACCAAAUUUUUAGCCAGUUCCUGUUUGCUAGUCGAUAAUUCACUAGCUUGUCAGUAAUUUUGAGUCACACAGCUUGAUGCUGCUGCUGUUUUUGUUUAACUUAAACAAGCUACACAUGCUAACUACCUAGUCGGCUAACUAGCUAGGCUGAUUUGCGGGCUUGGAUUUUAUCACUCAGCAUCAAAGUGAAGAGCCACUGCUUACGGAAACGGCUAACAUUAGCUGGUUAAUUCAGAGUUACAGCGACAGUUUUGUUGAUAAUGAAAAUGUUUAUCAGAGAAAGUCACACACACAGCAUCAACACACGUUGAUGCUGUUCAGGUUGUUGUAGCCAACGACAACUAGCUAGCUAGUUGGCAGUCUGUGGGCAUGAGUUAAGUUUUGAUAAUUUAUUAAAUUACUUGUUUUUAAAAUCUUAAAUUAUUGGAUCUUUAUUUCAUAAUGUUGUGUUUAUUCAUUUAAUAUUGGACAUUGGAUACUGGUUCCUCUUUUAGGAGCUUAAAUGUAAUUUUGGCUUUUUAUCCUAGCACCAUUGUGUAUUUUUCAGCUCAAGCAGUUGUUAAUUUGAGAUGUCAGAUUCACCACUGUCUGCUUUCUGUCUCUGUGGAUCUAAAUAGAUUUUGGUUCAUGGAAAAAUUACAACUCUGACUCCACUGCAUCCCAUUUCUACAUGACACAGUAGCUUAAUUGGGUUUUGAUAAGAAAAAAACAAACUUUUGUUUCAUCUCUUAGCCUUAUCUAAAACAUUUUAGUUAUUUUGUUUUUACACAGGGCUUCAUUUCUACCAAAUAGCAGUGACUGAAUGUUGUCUGACUAGUGGCUGACUGUCACUCCAGCUGGAUGGAUCCACCCUGAAGUGUAUAUUUCCAUUUAUGAAAAAAAUCCAGUCUAUGGUAGAGAAAUAUGCGUAAAUAUAAUACAGGGGAUGUGCGUAUGCAGUGUGGGGUUUACUACAGGGUAUGUGGUCAAACUUUAUACCAAGCUGUUUUUUAUAAACACACCUUCUGCUACAAUAGGAACUAUUCUAAUAACUACACAUGCAGUACACACUUGACACAUGCUUCUACAGCUGUAAAGGACUUCUGUUACACACACACACAAACACCUGUACGUGGAAAAAAAAGAAAAACAACCUCUGUUGCAUACCUGUAGGGAACAAGUCUCCCAGCUGUCCUUUGUGUUUGAGCCUGGGCUGUGUCUCAGCACUGUUACUACGCACCCUUCCUCUACUCCCUGCAUAGACAUAGCCACUGAUGUGAUCAGUGAUUAUUUUAAGGAAAGGAGGGUUGUGAACAGUUUUAAAAACGGGCCCAGAGGCCUCUGAAGCCACAUGGACUUCUUCUGGAGAGGCCCGAGAAAUGGAUUUAGGCAUCGCAGACAAGCUGUGCACAGUUGACUUCUAUCAUGAUUUUAAUUUCAUAUUUUGAGUUUUGAGUUUUAGCAAAAAAAAAAGAAAAAAGAUACGAAAAAAAAUUGUGCGAUGAGUUACCCUCUACUUAGCAUGACUUUUAAAACCUUUAAAAUGAUAUAAAAAAAGGAAAAAUGAUAAUUGAAAAAAAUACCUAUGUACUGGAAACAUGUUAAAGAAGAAAUAUUGUAUUCUGUUUAAUUUUGACAGACUUAUUUUUAUUAAAAUACAUCCAUAAGCAUAUCAUUGUUGUCCUGUUUUUAUUUGGUGUGUUUUUAUUUAUUUAAACAUUUUUCUCCCACACGCAAGGUGGAUUAGAGACUGCAAACUGCUAAAUGGACGGAUAAAGUACCUGUUAAUGCAGCUUUGUUGCAAACAGGACACAAAUUUAAAAAAAAAAAAAAAUUAAUGAAAACAAUGACGCAGUAGGU